GUAAUUUCCGUUGUAAAGAUGGCGGAAGGAGGUGGAGAGGGGACAUUUUUGCAGGAGUUGCAAGUCUUAGAAUCCAUUUAUCUUGAUGAACUCCAGAUUACACGUGGAGAGAGGUUGGUACUCUGCAUCACUCUUCAUCCAGCAACUGGACAUGACACAGACAGCCAGUAUGUCAGGUUCACAUUGCAGCUGUCCCUCCCUCCGCAGUACCCAGAAGAGCCUCCAGAUAUCAGUAUUAGCAAUCCCCGUGGGCUGUGUGAUCAGCAGAUUCGCAGUAUUAUCCGCUCUCUGAAUAAGCUAGCUGUGCAGCAAGUUGGUUAUCCCAUACUGUAUGAGCUGAUUGAGAAGGGGAAGGAGAUGCUGACAAAUAGUAAUAUACCUCAUGGUCACUGUUCAAUCUGUUUAUACGACUUUCAGGAAGGAGAUUCUCUCACUAAAACACCAUGUUUUCACCAUUUUCAUUCACACUGUCUUGGCCAGUAUGCUGAUCACUGCAAGAAAAACAGCAAUGAACAGGAACCCUUGGUAUUGUGCCCUGUUUGUCGUGAAAAUUUAACAUGUGACUUCCACAAACUGAAAACGGCACCUCCACCACAACAUCCAGAGGUUUUGUAUGUCCCAGAUACCGACACAUUGCAGAAAACGAAGGAGCUUCGCCAGGUUUAUGAAAAACAGUUGUUGAAAGGAGGAAUUAUUGACCUUGAGACAGAGAAGAAACGCUUUUUUAUUAGUAUCCAAGAUCUCCCCAAUGAUGACCUCCUUGUGGCUCAGACAGAAGGUGUUGGUCCUGUUCAGACAGAAGAGGAUCUUGUGGUGCCUGUUCCACACAAACCUCAGCGCUUCAGUGGCCAUUCUGGGCAGAAGCCAGGAAUGAGAAACCGUCCAAUAUACCGUGAACAGCACAGCAUGCGCCAUUUUCAAGCUGGUAGGGACUGGAUGUGGCAAAGCAGAUCAAGAUCAGAGACCAACACGUCACAGUGUGCAUCUCGCACAGUGGGAAGGGAAGGGACUAGAUUAACUCUCAGCAGAGAGCAAAUCACAGCCGCCAGUGAGAGAUCCAAACACCCUGGUCCACGGACUUUUCGCACCCCACACCAAGGCAAUCGUGAAAAUAACAUUUGACACAUUGUGUAACUGCAGCCUGAAUAUCUUCAAUAAAAGAACUGCAUAACAAUG